AUGGGAACCGGGGCUUCCCUGGGCCCCGAGUGCCUGGACCCACUGUACCAAGUGCCGGCAGAUGAAAGUCUGGACAGCCAGGCCCUUGGGAACCCCGGGGGUCCCAGGACUCCAGACAGUGAGCCCCUGCUGAGGGCCACAGCCGCAGCGCCUCCCUGGGCUGGGCCCACAGGGGAGGAGGAGGAAGAGGAGGAGGAGGAGGAGGAGGAGUGCCCCAUCUGCACAGAGCCCUAUGGGCCUGGUGAGCACCGCCUGGCCCUGCUGAACUGCGGCCACGGCCUGUGCUCAGGCUGCCUGCACCAGCUGCUGGGCACAGCCCCCGGCGCUGACCUGGGCCGCGUGCGCUGCCCGCUGUGUCGCCAGAAGACACCCAUGCUGGAGUGGGAGAUCUGCCAGCUGCAGGAGGAGCUGCUGCAGGCCGAUGGGCCCCCGCGCCCCCCCAGCCCCGUGCCCCCCGCGCCACCCCGCCGGGGCCUGGGGCCCUGGGCCUGCCUGGAGUACCGCUACCAGCUGCGCUUCCUGGCGGGGCCCGUGGGUGGCCAGGGCUGCCUGCCCUUCCUGCCCUGCCCACCCUGCCUGGGUGCCUGGCUCUGGGCACUGCGGGAACGGGGGCCCUGCGCCCGCCGCCUGGCGCUGCUGUGCCUGCUCGCCCUGGAGCUGCUGGGCCUGGUGCUCAUCUUCACACCGCUCAUGCUGCUGGGGCUGCUUUUCAUGCUGCUGGACCGCUCCAGCCACUGACCACCCAGCACCACUGGCCUGGAGGCUCAGACUGGCCGGGUCCUGCAGGCUUGGUGCCAUGGGCCCUGCCCCGAGGAGCAGCUUCCCUGAGGCCUGCUGACCAGGCUGGAAAAUCCAAGGUUGACCAGGUUCUAACCUUCAGUCAAGACCCAAGACUGGCCCAGGGUCACCCAGGAGCCUGUGUUCAGCCCCUGACCCAGCCAGAGACUCCAAACCACCCUGCUGCCCAGACAGUAACCAGUAGUGCCCAACGACAGUGCUGGAAGAGGUUUGUGACCAGGGCCGCAAGCACCCCUCGAUCGCCGGCACCACUGACACGGGGCUCCCCCCCGCCGCCGCACCCCAGCAUGUUUGCGAGAGGCUCAGUGGACACAGAAGUCACAGAGAUCUGGCAGUUAGUCGGUUCCUUGGAGAGGGUGGGGCCCUGGGCAGGGGCUGCAGCCUCCCCCACUGCCUCCUGCCUGUGUCCCAGAUAAGGGCUAGUGUGUUCCCUGAAGGUCAGGGCAGCUGAGGGGGGAGGCCCUUGCUCUGCAAACUCAGCCCACAAAGGGCCUCCUCGCCAGCCAGGUCAGAACCCGAGGGGGUGUCACAAGCAGCAGGGGGCCCAGCACGUGACCCUGAGCUACAAGGGACAAAGGCCCAGCCAGCCCUUGGAGCUGGAGUGCUGGGCUGAGGCCCCUGAAGGCCUGCCACCUCGAGUCUUGGAGGCUGGGGCCUUUAUCUGAAGGACAGAAGUCACAGCACCACCUCAUGGGCUUGUUGGGGACACACUAAGCGCAUGCCUGGUCCAGGAAAUGACUCUCAAUAAACA